UUAUCCUUUGUACAUAACGGACCACCAUGAUGCUGCAAUAUUAAUCACAAUUUACACAUUUUUAUAAUUUAAAAGCAACGUUGCUACUUAAUAGACAUCAUGCGUGUAGGUGCGUUUUAGAAGGACGUGAAAAAAAAAUGUUGCCGGUAUUAUUAGUAGUUAAUGAAGACAUUAGCAUUAGCUCCGCCUUACGCUUAAGCGCUGGCUUUGUGUCCUCCAGCUUUAUUAGCAUCGGUGCUAGCUGUUAGCACACAAGCUAACCAACCUGUGAUUAAAAUGGCCUCCGGCGUAUUAGCAUCGGUGAUAGCAGACAUGCUAACACUAAGCGGCGACUAAAAUGGCCUCCGGCGUAUUAGCAUAGGUGCUAGCAGACAUGCUAACACCAAGCGGCGAUUAAAAUGGAGAAUAAACCGCUUUAAUUCGCCGUGUUCACACUAUAGAAGGUGGAAACGACAGCAGAGCCUGUAAUAAGCGGUUUACUACGGUCACAUCCUUGUUGGCGUCACUGCUAACAUCAAAAAGCCAUUACUGCCGGGCUAGGCUAGGCUAAUAUAGCAUGCUAUGUUAGCGCUCGCUCGCUCGCUAGCAUGCUAUAUUAGCCUAGCGAGCGCUCCAUAGUGACACAAUGACGGACGUUACGCUGACCCACAGCGUGUGUUGACAUUGUGAGGGAGGAGUCACUCCCUUUCCCCUCACUUGAGUCCACGCUCCCGUGGACCAUAUAAAUGUCGCGGACAUCCGCAAAGACAAGUGACAAACACGCACGCAUGCAGAUGUGCGACGCUCCUUGCUAGCAUCCUUCCUAUCCUGUCGCUGUCAUUCAAAGAUGCCCUUGAGGGGAACGACUCGCUCUUCAUCCGCAUCAGGAAGAUUGCAAAGCCAAAAAGUUCCCAGCAUUCCCUCCGAAUUCGGGCGCUUGGGGUGCUCAUGCUACCCGGGUGACGACGAUAAGGAGGAGCGGCUGGGGCAGAACCGGCGAAGACGCUCGCUCUCCGGGGUGCAACACCGAGCCAUCGAUCCCGCUCUCAGCUUCAAGAUUGAUGAAAGCAUAUCGCUUGAUUGCCUCCAGAAGAUGAAACUGGCAUUUGAGGAAUUCGAAAAAGACGGCUUGAAGUCCAUUGAUGUGACGAGUUUUGUCCACAUCGUAAAGAAAUGUUUGCCAACCAUGGACCAAGUGUUGAUUGGAGGGUUAUUUAGGAAGAUUGAUUUCUCAGGGAAAGGAACCAUCUCAUGGAGCAACUUCAGUGCACACAUGCUGCAGGAGUACAAGGAAAAAGAGGAGCGAUCAAGACGGAGCACACGCGUCGCUUUCGGACUUCCGGCCACCGUUAGAACGAGACGCCACGCUGCCAGCCCUGUGGUCAAAAUCCACAACAUCCCCGACGGCGUUGUUAUGACAUUGCAAGAAGAUGGAUCCGUUUCCUGCUGGAGUCCUCAACUUCACCCUUUGAGAACCAAACACAUGUUUAGUGAUGCAACCAGGAAGUGGGCGAGUGACUUCACGCUCAUGACUGACUUUAACAAGCUGAUCAUUGCCACAGGCGACAGAGAGCUACAACUUUACGAGUUGUCCACGCUGGAACCUUACUGCCAAAUCAAUGCCCUGGACACAGUCCCACUGAGUCUGGACUACAGCUACUUAGGUCCUGACCAAUGCUGCGUUAUUUACGGAGACAUCAACGGAUGUGUCAAUAUCAUUUCAAUAUCCGCUGUUGAAGAUACCCUCAGGUUAUGGAAUAAAUCUCCAAAGACCGGAAGGAUGCCCAAUAUCGGUAUUGACACCGCAACGCUUUCGCCAGAUGUAAAGUUUGUGCGAUGGAAGGUUCAUCAGGAUUGGGUGACGCAGGUCAAAUACGUUCCAAGUUUGAAAUCUGUCAUCUCGUCAUCAAGCGAAGACGCUUCAUCCCUUGUGAUAGGCUGCUUGCUGCCUCAAACUGAUGUCCAGCAGGAACUGAGCAAAAUCCGAGAAGCCUGCUACGAGGGAAAAAACACAAAGGACCAACUGAGCCGGACGCCACAGCUCCGAGCGUCAUGUGACCACACGGUGUUUGCCAUUCACAAAGGGGUGGAGACUUUUGACCUUUGCGAGAAGAACAGCUUGCUGGUUACUGGAGGAAUGGACCGACUCGUACGCAUGUGGAACCCUCAUUCUUCUAGAAAGCCGACUGGAAUUCUGAAAGGUCACGUUGCUCCCAUCGCCUACCUUUGCAUCUCAGGGGAAGACGCUCGAAUCUUCUCGGUUUCUGUAGACAACACAGCCAAAAUCUGGGCGAUCCAGGAGCAGUAUUGUCUGUUUACAGCAGAAUGCAAAGAAAAUGGCGUCCGCGGUGACAUAACGGCUUGCCUGUCCGCUGCGAGGUCACUCUACAUUGCGACUGACUCUUUGGCUGUGCUCGCUCUGGAGACCAGGCGAUCCUCUCCUGGACAGCAGAGGGCGCCCCUGAGCUGCAGACGUCAAGUGACGAGGCCUCCCCCAACAAGGAGAAGAGAACAGAGAGGAGGAAUCCCACUCCUCCUCGUUUUCCCGUGGAAGUGUCGGGGAGAGCAAAAACAGCCUCCGAUGUUCUUUUCCGCCACAUAG